AUGGUCAAGGCGGCGCAGAAGUAUGGCGCGCGAUGUGAGGUGAGACUCGCGUCCAAAGAAGUCAGGGAUGCGAUGCCCGUGUGGUAUCACAUAGGCGCGGAACCGGGACGUUCGUCGGCGAAGACGGCGGCUGCCAAGUGUCUCCGGAACAGGCAUGGCGUUGUCACUGUGGCUCAGUGCGGACAAGCGAUGCACCGGCUCCGACCGGAGAAUAUGGAACACUCCCCGCGACCGACGUGCCCGUGUGGGGAGUGCACGGAGGACCGACGUGUGUUUGGGUGCAUGGAUCCGCACAGAUGUGCGUGCGCGGCGGAGAGGCUCCUCGGGCGACUCCAGCCGAAAUGGAAUCCAGCCCAAACGUAUCACGCAGAUGGUCUGACGCUUACACCGGCACGCCGAAGGGCGAACGAGACGGCGAGGGCGGAGAAAGGCCGGGUGAUUUUUGACCCGUCGGUGACCCAGGCAGCGCCGCUUGCAGCGGUUUUCCGUGUGUUCGCGAAGCCGGUGGUUGAGGGUGAACCGGCCGCGGCCAGGCUCCCAAGGCCGUUUGGAGUGUGUGAGGAGGAAGUAGAAGUAUUCACGGACGGCUCGUGUAUUGGGAAUGGGUCGGCAAUGGCGCUGGCAGGGAGUGGGGCGUGGUUUGGGCCGGGCGACCUGCGCAACGUGGGCGCGCGGGUCCCAUACGACAUCCAGUCUAAUCAGACGGCGGAGAUCUAUGCGGUGAUCCUAGCGGAGCAACGGGUUCCCCCCUUUGCCCCGCUGCACGUCGUGAGUGAC